CAAAUGACUCCAUACUCGUAUGCUAAUCAACAACUUUCAAAAAAAUGACAGAAAGAUGUGGUUGCCCCAAUAAAUAAAUAAUUCAUCAAAUGUUUAGUUACGUGAUUUUUGAAGAUGUUUAUGAAUGAUGUACACAAAAAAGAUGAAAUUAAAGAAAUUGCCAUUCAGGAUUUGCGUCGGAUUGGGGUGAAAUUCCGAAGAAAGAAAUCGAAACCCAAUGCACAGGAAACGAGAAAGACAUCAAAAUGUUUUAAAAUUGAACUCAGCUUGCUGCCAACACAAGUAGUAACUUUGAGUGAUGGCCAACAACUCCUGGUUCCUACCGUUGUUCACCAAUUGUGUUCCUUCAUUUUAAAGAAAGUUGACACUGAAGGAUUAUUCAGAAAGGAAGGAUCGAAAUCAAGACAAAAUGAGAUCAAAUUGUCAUUGAAUGCCGGAUGUAAAAUAGAGGAUGAUUAUCAUGUUAUUGAUGUGGCUGGUAUAUUGAAGACGUUCCUGAGAGAACUACCAGAACCUCUAAUACCAACUACAUUUCAUGAUUAUUUUUUGAGGUGUACAAUACUGGAAAAAGAAAAGUUAGAAGCUGUUCUUUUACUUUGUCUUCUACUUCCUCAGGAAAACCUUAACACACUGGCAUAUCUUCUUAGGUUCUUUAAUGCCAUUGCAAAGCGUUCUACACAUAAUAAAAUGAGUGCCUUGAAUCUAGCCAUUGUUAUUGGACCAAAUAUUAUUCCGUUUCUUCAAGAUAAAUCCUACACCGCCCAGCAUAAAAUCAAAAAAAUUUGCGAACUAGUUCAGCUCCUCAUUGAAAAUGCUAAUAAAGUGGGGAUCAUACCAAAUUAUAUAAUAGAUCAAGUAGCAGACUCAAAUGCAGUGAACGAGGAAAAUGUUGUUGAGAAAAAGAAAAAAAGGCGUAGUGGAUCCUUGACAAGAAUGUUCAAUGGUCUCAGAAAAAUGGUUGGGAAUAGGUCUGAGGACAUGUCACCGACUAUUGUAACACCAGAUCUCCUUUUGACUCCUUCUAUAAGUAGGAGUGUGAAGAAAAGAAAAAUAGAAUCGCUUGGCUUAUCCAACAAGAAAAAAAAAGAGGUUAUAAGCAAACUUCCUGAAGGAAAAAUACUGAAGAUGCCAUUUGCACCUAUAUCAACUCCCAUUAGCGAAAAUCCAAAGGGAAAGGAAAAGAAAACGCAGUGGUACACGAAAAACAAAUCCUCCAAGUCUUCGAAAGCAGAGAAUGAAGAAAAUGUUAGAUCUAGUAGAAGCAGUCUAGGGCCUAGAUCGAUCAUAGAAAGGCGGUGGUCAGCUGUCAGCAGCGUGGCUGCCUUUCGAAGAAAUAAAAAACGUAAUUCAUACGGAGGUUCUCAGCAUCAACUCAAUGCACAGUCUUCCAAAAGUGAUCAUGAUUUGAGAGACAUAAAGAUUGAUGAAAAUUCUGAUGAUGGUUUCGUCAAAGUUUCUAAAGUGGAAUAUGAGCAAAUCAAAAAUAGAGUUUCUGAAAUUGAGAGGAGAAUCUCAUUGGAAAUGGAUAAUGUGCAGUCAAAAAUGGAUGCUGAACCAAGGAACUGUGAUAGUGACAAUGAUCGGGUGAAAAAUGUCCAGACAGCAUAUGAACAAACUUUAGUUCAAGCAGAACAUCUGAGUCCUACAACAGAUCAUCUGGCGAGACGGCUGAGUAGGGAGUUGAAAAUAAGACGUAGUUCUGACCACAUUGUGAUUAGAUCUCCCAGUGCUCGUAAGAUAGGCACCCUGAAACGAAGAUCAAGAGAAUUAGAACGACAGAAUGGUAAACUGUUGAGGAAUCAGUCUUGGCAUGUGAGCAAUGAAGCAAUAACAAUCCCACGUGUCAAUUUGAGACGUCGUAGAGCUAGUUCUACCCAAUCGGCCAGUAACAGUGUCCAGAGUGAAACGGGAAUCACAAAUACACCAACCCUAAAUGUAUCCGACAGAGUUCUACGUUCAUCUGUAAAUAAAAAUAUUUCAACGACAUCUAUGGAUACACCUGGUAAACAAUCUUUUCAUUCUGCAAUUUCCACUAAUACGCCGACAUCAGACCCUUGGACCAGUGCAGAGAAAUAUUUUUCAUCCUUGAAAACUCCUUGCUCAGAUGUUGAACCACCUAACAGUAGACCUUCAGUUGCCAAAUUGAGAAGUCAAAAUGCUGGAAUGGUUCUUGCAAAAGCAAAAUUAUUUGAUAACAUGGUCGAUUCUGAUAAUUCUAAUUUGAGCGAUAGGUCUGUCAAAUCUAAUACAAAAGUAAAAACUACUUAUAAAAUUGGCAGUGUGAGACAAUCAGAUGUAAAAUUAGCGCAAAGGGUUAAGAGCUUGAAGGCAGAUGAGAAAAAAGUGGUGAGGAAAAAUUCAUCACCUAGAAGGAACAGAUUAAACUUGUCACAAAAACAGAAGUUGCAAGCUGUUAGACAGCUUGUUGAAGCACAAAGAAAUAGAAGGAUGAACACUACCCCACCUGAGAACGAAUGCUCAGUGAAUAUUGAUAAAGGUCUAUUAUCUCCAAUUAAAUAUACCCCUCGUCGAAGUCCAGUGAUAAAAAAAUCUUUAAUAACAAGAUCUCCAAAGAGGUUGUGCAGAACUCCACAUCUUGAUAGAAGCACACCUCUUAAAGUUUUUACUCCAAAACCCAUGGAAUACUAGUUGCUCAAAAUAAUAUAAGUCUUUUUUUAUAUGUUCUAUUGAUUUUUUAUUGUAAUUUUGAAUGGAAAUAUAUUUUAAUAGGAAUAA